GUGGAUAGAUGUGAAGGAAACAACUCAAGCCUGCCUGGGUGGGUCGGAGGAAGAGAUAGGAAAAAAAUUGUUAGCAGCUGACGGGAUGUCGUACACUCUGGUGGAAAAACCGUCGUUUCUUGACAAUUGAUAAUCAGAUACACAUGCGAAGAAAAGAAAUAGUGUGUUAGUGCCGAGAGAAGCAAACGUCUAGGCAAGGCCAUUAUGAAUUCGGGUGAAGCUUGGCCUGCGAGCGAGCGGGUUAUCAUUGAUCAUCAGGAUGUGGCUGCACCACGGGAUUGUGGUGCCUGUUAGCGCCAUCAGAUACUCACAAGAUUUUAUACUGUCCAUUUUCGACGACAAGCGCAGCCUAGCAGAUACUGUGAAUCAGAUAGUUUCGGGAAAGAUCUCUGCCCAGAAUGCACCGAGAUUGAUCGUUUGGUUCUAUGGCGAUCACUUAUUCACUCAACACAAUCGAUGGCUUUGGUGUUUCCAGAAGGCCGGCGUGGAAAAGUUAAUUGUGAGUCUUGUGUGUCCUAGAAAGUUUAGCAGAUGUGGUAAGAAAUGGAUGACGUUUGAGUACACCGAGAAUUAUUCAAGAUAUGCGGAUCCGAGUUUCGUUCCAGCAAUUCGUCAAGUCAGCUCGGUAGAGCCUCCGCAAAAAAACCAUCGACGAAGGUCUCGGAAUUGGGUGCAGCCCAACGAGGACUGCCGGGGAAGUGAUGAAUGCCUGAAGACUGAUGGUCGAGAUCAGCCCCCACCUCCGAGCAAUCGUCCACAGUCGAGGCCUCCAAUUACAUGUACACGACUCGAGACGCCAAUUACUACGAGAACCACAAAGGGUUCAUCGACUGCUGUCCAUGCUGAGGACGUGUGUUCUGCUCCUGAGGAAAGUCCACAGGUUGUCCCUUCUGCUCGUAAUAUUAUUCGACUUGGGUCUCCAAUUGCCGCUAAAUAAACAAAACCAGUCCCUUUUGGU